AAUUAUUAUUUCAACUAUAUAAUCCACUAAAUCCAUGCCUUUUUUGACCUUUUUCUUAUUUCAUUUUUUUAAAAGCAACAGAAAAGAAAAUGGCAUGGGACGAGCAGGAGAUGCAACAGCGGCGUUGCUGCAUAUCCCACGAAUUUUACAGUGCAGCGAGCAAAAACCUGGAAAAAAUAGCCGUUAUCCAUGCCUCAUCAUCCAAGCCGUUAGAUAGUGGCGUCCAGAUUGACAGAGAGUUGAUCAACGGUGGGAAUCCUCCGGUGUACAAAGGCGAUCAGUGUUUCACUUUCGCUAACCUUUUAGCGUCCGUUGAUUGUCUCAGUUUUCGUCUACGUUCCAUUCUUGAUGGUGCCGAUGACCCUUACUUGGUUAAACCCCAAAACCUAGGUGAUACUCCUAAUGGCAAGCAUUCUUUGCCUGUUCAAAUGUCUGAGGCUUCAUUGAAUUUCAUUCGAGGAGUUGGUCUGCAUACUGAACAUGAGAAUAUGUAUGUACCUAAGAUAGUUGGUCUUUUCAUGCCACCUUCCGUGGAAUACGUAAUAUCUGUUCUUUCUGUUUUAAAGUGUGGGGAGGCUUUCUUGCCUCUUGAUCCUUCAUGGCCGAGAGAUAGAAUAUUGUCGAUUGUGGAUUCUUCAAAUGCUGCUCUUGUUGUAACAUGCGGAUCUUCAUUUGGGAAAAGAGGUUCUGAGCCACUUGAUCAAUCACAUUGGCUCUUAGAAUGCAGUUGUCCUGUCUUGCGCUUUUCAAUGGAGGAAAGUAUUGAACAGCAUAAUAUUCAAUUGAGUCUUGUAUGGCCUUGUGAAAAUGAAAGAAGAAGAUUGUUCUGUUAUGUAAUGUACACUUCUGGAUCUACUGGAAAGCCCAAAGGUGUAUGUGGCACAGAGCAAGGUCUUUUAAAUCGCUUUUGGUGGAUGCAACAACUAUAUCCCAUGCAUGAAGAGGAACUUCUGUUAUUCAAGACAUCAAUAAGCUUUGUUGAUCAUCUGCAAGAAUUUCUUGUUGCUUCUCUUACUGCUUGUACACUGGUCAUACCUCCUUUCAAUGAGCUAAGGCGAAAUGUUUUUUCUAUUAUUGAUUUUCUCCAGGCUUACAGCAUUAAUAGGCUCAUAGCUGUUCCUUCACUUAUGAGGGUGAUCCUUCCUGCCAUGCAAAGUCAACAUGAAAUUCAGAUUUCAAGUUCUCUAAAAUUGUUAGUUCUAAGUGGUGAAGUCCUUCCCUUAUCCUUGUGGAACAUGCUUUCCAAUUUAUUACCCAAGACCUCUGUUCUGAAUUUGUAUGGGAGCACAGAGGUAUCUGGAGAUUGUAUGUAUUUUGACUGCAAGAGGUUGCCAUCAAUUUUGGAGAUGGAGAAACUAAAAAGUGUUCCAAUUGGUUUGCCUAUUUCUAAAUGCAGUAUUGUACUUAUUGGUGAAACCGGUAAUCCUAAUGAGGGAGAAAUAUACAUUAGAGGUAUCUGUGUUUCUACUGGAUACUUUUCUGAAAAUGCUAUUAUACCUUUGAACAAUGAAAAGUUGCACCAGAAUUCAAUUUGUAAGUGUUCUAUGGAAGAGUGUGGAAGUCAAGUAUAUUUUAGGACUGGUGAUUUUGCUCAACAGUUACCAAGUGGUGACUUGGUUUUCUUGGGGAGAAAGGACCGUACCAUAAAAGUUAAUGGCCAACGCAUUGCUUUGGAAGAGGUAGAAAAUACACUAAGGGGGCAUAAUGAUGUCAUGGAUGCUGCUGUUAUAUCUCAUAAGGAUCAGGGAGAAGAUGCACUCUUUGUAGCAGUCGUAGCAUUAAGAGAGAAGGAAAAGUCUGGUGAAAUGUUUAAAACGUCCAUCAGAAGCUGGAUGAUUAGUAAACUUCCUCCAGUCAUGGUUCCCAGUCGCUUUGUCUUUGUGGAAUCGCUGCCAAUGUCUUUCAGUGGAAAAGUUGACCUCUCACUAUUGGCAGACUCAAUAUUCUACCACAAGCAUGUUCAAGAUGAGAUUAGUGACAUUGGGGGUUGCAAUCUCAUUCAAGUUAUAAAAAAGGCAUUUUGUGAUGCUUUGAUGGUCGAAGAUGUUUCAGAUGAUGAUGAUUUCUUUAUGAUAGGUGGUAACUCCAUCGCUGCAGCACACGUUUCUCAUAAUCUUGGGAUUGAUAUGAGAUUGUUGUAUACCUUUUCAACUCCAUCUAAGCUCCUAGUUUCUCUCCUGGAGAAAAAGGGACCAAAGAGUACAAAUUUUGGAAUCAAUGAUAUCCCGAAAUCGAUUAUGGAACCAGACAAGGGAGAUGUAUUUUCUUUUCUUGAAUCUGAAACUCCUAAUCCCCUUGGCUUAAAGUUAGAAAGAGCAUUGUCAUGGACUCCUUAUGAAAGGAAUGAUGAUCAAGCUGUUAGGUCUAAACGAUUGAAAGUGGAUUCAAAUAAAUAUUAUGUUGCGGAGCCUGUUCAUUUGUUCAGUGGAUGUCCGUGGAAUUCUGCAUCAAUGCCCAAGUCAUGUUCAUUUAGCCGCUGCAACAGGGUUAUGCUUGAAGAUGGAUACAUGGUCAAUGGUACCGGGCAAUUAGCUCAGUUGGUGGAAGUUUCAAGAACUAGAACAGGAUAUAUGCUAGAACUGUGGAAAGUUCACAUGGAGUCCUGUGUUGAUGCCUCACCACUUGUCGUGUUCAAAGAUUCUGAUAUUUAUUUAUUUGUUGGAUCUCACUCACAUAAUUUCCUCUGCGUUAAUGCCAAAAGUGGUUCUAUCCAGUGGGCAACCAGACUGGAGGGACGAGUAGAAGGUUCUGCAGCAAUUGUUGGUGACUUCUCUCAGGUGGUUGUUGGAUGCUAUGAUGGGAACAUAUAUUUUCUUGAAUUUUCCAAUGGAAACAUCUGUUGGACUUUCCACACUUCUGGUGAGGUGAAAUGCCAGCCAAUCGUGGACAUAUAUAGGGGAUUGAUCUGGUGUGGGUCACAUGACCAUAACUUAUAUGCUCUUGAUUAUAGAAAUCAGUGCUGUGUAUAUAAGCUUUCUUGUGGUGGUAGUAUAUUUGGGUCACCUGCAGUUGAUGAGGAACAUCAUGCUCUUUACGUGGCAUCUACUAGUGGCCGUGUGACAGCCAUAUCAAUUAAGGAGUUGCCAUUUUCUACUUUGUGGUUGCAUGAACUUGAAGUGCCAGUAUUUGGGUCACUUUCCAUCAGUUCACCAAAUGAAUAUGUUAUUUGUUGCUUGGUGGAUGGGCAUGUUGUUGCGUUGGAUUCAAGUGGAUCCAUUAUUUGGAAGUGGAGAACUGGUGGUCCAUUAUUUGCUGGAGCUUGCAUAUCUUCUGCACUUCCUUCUCAGGUGGUAGUUUGUUCCAGGAACGGAAGUGUUUAUUCCUUUGAAAUGGAAAAAGGUGAACUACUCUGGGAAUUAAAUCUUGGAGAUCCAAUCACUGCAUCUGCUUAUGUUGAUGAGAAUUUACAGCUGGUAUCAAAUCCUUCGAAUUCAGUUGACAGAUUGGUUUGUGUUUGUACAAGCUCUGGAGGCAUAUGUUUGCUUCGAAUCAACUUGGACGAAGAGAAGGGUAAUAAUCGAAGAAAAUAUACGGUGCAGGAGUUUGCAAGGCUUAAGCUAGAGGGGGAAUUGUUUUCUUCGCCUGUGAUGAUCGGUGGCAGGAUUUUUGUUGGGUGCAGGGAUGAUUAUUUGCACUGCAUCGCUGUUAAAACCCAUGAAUUAGUUGGAUAAUAUCAAGCCAAGGUUCAUGUUUGAUGUUCAGAUCUGGAAAAUAGGUUUAUAUUGGCUAACAGUUAUCCAAAAAUGUCUUAAAUGCAGACAAGUAGACACAUGUUUGGAGUCGGUUGGAGAUGGAUUAGUAACGAUUACCAUUUUUUUAUUUGAAGUUGUCAGAAUUUAAAUUUUGAUCGAUAAAUUUACUGAGUCCAGAACUCUAUUAAUAGAUCAUGUAGGGAAUUUAACAACCUUUUAAUAUCAAACAAUUCUUAAGAAAUUCUUGAUAAUGCCAUCUAAGUGCCACAA